GGUGAGCUGAAACUAAAUCCCCUCUACCAAUUUUUCCACCAUAAAUCCAAUGUGGUCAAACCACAUCCCACCUAUUUUCACCAAUUUUAUUUUAUUUUUUUUUCCAACCCAUUUAUUUUUUAUUAUUAUUAUAUUUUCUCUCUUCAAUCUUUAUCCUUUUCCACCAAAAAUAACAAAAAAAACUACUAAAAAUUCGCAAAGAGAGAGAGAGAGAGAGAGAGAGAGAGAGAGGAGAGAGGAGAGAGGAGAGAGAAUGAGUUCGAUGUUCGCUUCAUCUUCCUCACUCUCCACGCCUCCGUAGUUUUAGCGCCGCAUCGGAGGUGGAUUUCGCUCCUAUGCGCACCCAAAUUGUACCCCAAAAUAUGAGCUUCUUAAGCUUGUGAGGAGUAGGAUUCGCCCCCACGCGACGCCUCCACCUUCUCCCAGUUCAUGAAGAAGGGUUUAGAAGCGGUCGCAAAGAGGGGUUUUUGAGGCGUAAAAAGGAGAAGGAUUGGGCACUAAUGCCGAAUAGUGAUGUUGGUGGCGAUGGUGGUGCUGAACCUGGAUCGAAUUCGGGGUCUAGUAACCCCGGAUCGAAGGUCGUUGUUGAUCCGCUUCGAUUGGGGGAGAAGGGUGGAGUAGGGGGGCUACCCACGCUGAGUAUUGUGAUCUCUCAGCCAGUGGAGGCUCCGAGCCCUAAAGGCGAUGUCGCGAAGGGCGGCGGCGCUGUCGAAGGGGAUGAGAAGGUCGUCGGCGGUGCAUCGGCGGCGGCGGCGAAAAAGGGUUGCUUGCCGCGGUCGGAGAGCUACCAUGAGCAAUGCAGAAUUUGUCAGCAACCGUCAGAAGAGCCUUUGGUCGAUCUUGGGUGCAGAUGCCGAGGUGAGCUUGCAAAAGCACACCGCUCCUGUAUCGAUGUUUGGUUCCGUACUAAAGGCUCGAAUAAGUGUGAGAUAUGCCAACAGGUGGCUGCGAACAUCCCCUUUCCGGAAUCACAAGCUAGUAGUAAUUAUUGGGUGUGGAGAGUGGAUUCUGCCUUUGGAGGAAGGCGCAUAGAACGUGAAAGGAGUUGCUUUAGCCCACUCUGGGUUGCAUUUGCAAUUCUGAUCGGAGGGCUCUUGCUGGACGUACUAAUUUCUGUUUCUCUCGGUGUUUCUGCACUGCCUGUGAACAUCAUCAUAGGCGUCCUCAUCGUGCUGGGGUUGGGCACGGCUCUUCGGCUCGCUCUCGAAUGCUGUCAAGAAUGGGGCUCAAGGAGAAGCAUCCAGAGGCUGGACAACAUGACUCUACCUGCUGGAUACCAUCCUGGAGUUUAACUGUUCCUGUAUAUAUAGAUAUAAAUAGAUCAUCAAAUCAUAGUGCUUGAUAAAUUUUCUUUUCUUUUUUCUUUUUUUUUUUUUGGGAUUCCGAAAAGUUCUUUCGACAAAUCAGUUGAAUGCCAAAUAAAUCGCUUGUUACAACUCUCAAUCCUCUGUACAUUUAUUUAUAUAUAUCCAUCCGGUUUAGCUAUUUGAAAUGAUUA